AUGAUGAACGCACAACUACGUCGCUGUAUGCAGUCAGCCAGUAGGAAUAUGCAGCAGCGCUCGAUGAGUUUCAAGGUCCGCGUCGGGGCUGUCGAAGCCCCAAAGUUUCCUAUCGUCGACCGCCAGCGCGUGCAGCAAACUUGGGGCAUUUCUGGCAAUGAAGCGUUGGAGAAACUGCGUGUGGCUACUCCUGGCCUCACGUACGUAUCGAUAGCACCACCAGCAUUCUUCGACGAAGUGGCUCAAGCUCGAGGCUGCAGUAGUGAUCAACUCGUUGCAGUAGCUCGAGUGUCAAGUGACGCCCACGAUCUGUUGGAGCGCGUGGAUGUUCUAGCGCAAGGCUCCAACCGUCUCCUCAUCGGUUUCGACCCUCGUCCACCUCGUGGAUGGCCAGUUGAAGAGCCUGUCGAGUCUGGCAAGCACCUUCUGACCGAAAUCUUCGUCCGAGAGGCGUCUGAGCUUCGGAAUCUUGGCGCAUUUGGCGGCGGAUCUCUCGUGGUGAGUGACUGUGAGCAAGGCAGAAUCCUUGUGAACGACCGGCCGUACGGGAAGCUCAAGUUGGCAUCCUUUCGAGGAAGUCGAGUGUUCGUGACACAAGACCAGGGACUGCGUGCAGGCAGAGUCUCUCUCUUCGCUGGCAGAGGUGGCCAGCUCUUCCUGUGUGCUCCAGAGAUCAUCGGCAAGGAUCGUAUCCGUGCAGCUGCGGCCGGACGCUGGGGAGAGUCCAAAAUUGUCGUGCAGACUUCGAGUCUUGCUACUCCGAGUCUUGGAGCGGCUGUAACAGGAUCCGGGAGUGUCCGCUUCGCUGCAGUCUCGAAUGAAGACAAUUGUCAGUGUGAAUACCAGUCACUUGCUAUUGCAGGAAGCGGGAGUAUUGAUACAGCUGAUGUGGCGUCGCGGUAUGGCCGCGUAGCCAUCCUGGGCUCAGGUUCGGCAACAUUGCAGACGUCCGAGUCACUGACUGUCGGAACAUUAGGCUCUGCACGAGUAAACUAUCUCGAACCUGGACCUGAUAAUGUACGAGGCAGUACCUCGUCGCUCCGAGCGUUGAGUGCUGCUGCCAAGACUCAACACGAUGAAGAGCGAGCAGCGAUUGCAGCUGUCGUCACACCACCAACGCGAGAAAGCGCCUUCGAGGACACUGGCUACACUCUCAAUCGCUGGUGGUGGAGACCCUGGUCAUGCCGUUCCCAUGGAUUUCAUCGACAGAUGAAGCACAGCAAGCGCUGGCGUGACGACUUCGCCUACUGA